AUGAGGUCGGACGUGCUGGAGGGUCGGCUGGUCCAUCAGGAGCGGACGCUGUCUUCUCUGCUCCAGCAGGCUUUGCAGAUCAAGGAGGAGGUGGUGGCCAGCCUGAGGUCCACCCAGGGCUCCCUGCUGGCAGAGUCCUCCUCCAGGAGACUGCUGGAGAGCCACAUCCACACCAUCACUCACAUUGUCAAACAGCUGAGUGCUGACAUCCAGGUGCUGGAGAGCCAGAUCAGCCAGAGGGAUGUGGUGACCACAGGCACCUCUCUCACCCUGCAGAGCAUGGACCAGAAGAACCUGGCCGGCAUUGGAGACCUCAGGGGCAGAGUGGCCAGGUGUGACGCCAGCACCGGCAAGCUCUCGGAGGACGUGAGUGCCGGCUCGAAGGACAUCCUGCGGCUGCAGCAGGACAUGGCAGGGAUGCGCUCUCAACUGGAGCUUGGCCUGAAGGACGUAGAGCUAAAGUUGUCUCAGGCGAUGACGAAACUAGAGAGCAUGCAAGCGGAGCAGCAAGUCAUGCAGAAGAACACUAGCAGAGACCUCACCAUGGAGAUCCAGCGCCUGGAAGUGAAAGCAUCUGAGGAUGUGCGGGAGCUGCAGCAGGAGGUUUCCAGAAUGAGGAAGUGGGCGGAGCAUCAGCUGCAGAUUACUACGCAGGCGCACACGCAAGGCAGCGAGCACCUGCGCUCGAUCAUCACAGACAAACUGGGGGAGGUGGAGGGAAGGUCCACCAAGCAUCUCACCCUCCUCUCAGCUCGCCUGGAGGCUGUGGAGACUCAUCUGGAGCAGCAGGCCUCUGAGGACCGUGUCGGCCAGUCGGAGACUAAACACAAGACUCGCCUGGCCGCCCUGGAGAGGAGCCUGAGGAAGGAGCUGGACCUCAUCAAGACCGAGUACCGCUCAGGCUUCCAAUCGAUCCACGACUCCAUCGACUCCCUCAAGCACAUCGGAGACGCCAAGGCCGCGAUGGACAAGGAGAUGCUGCAGAGAGACAUCAAACAAAUCCGGAGGAAGAUGGUGGGACUGAGUGAUGCUUGAGAGAGCUCCACCACCGCAUUCCAUAUCAGA